CGAGGCUGUGGCUCAAGUAUGGCGGAUACUAAACCCAGGGGCCUUCGGGGCCCCACCGCUGAUUCUGUGACCCGGGAAGGUCAAGCCACCCCUCCCCUACGAAACAGCUGCGUUAGGGCAGACAGGCAAAGCCCCUCSAGCACCUGUCUCCGAAAAGACUGCGGCCUCCGCGACUCCGGCCUGCGGCCCCGGCCGGGUAGGGAUUUCGCGCUCCUCGCGGGCCACGCCCCUCCGGCCUCCUCAUAGGCUCCCCCGAACACUUGCGAAGGGACCUGGGCGUGGCGAGCCUGGGGCCCGGCCUCCGGGUGGGCCCGAGAGGCCGGCUGACUCGGGCCUGAGGCCGCAUGGACAGCCUGGCGCUGGGUCAGUGGCGACGGCGGAAGCCGGAGGAGCUGCCGGUUCCGGGGGACGCGAAACGGGCAUGCCGGAGGUCAGAAGCCAGCGGGCAGGAGCCUGGCUGCCACCAGGAGAGCACAUGCACCCUGGCGUCCUGGAGCACAGAGGACCAGGGGCCUCAAUCAAGAGGUUGCCCCUCUGCACUGUGGCCAGAAGGUGCCCAGGGCAGACCACGCUCAGUGAUUUCUCAAAAUGGUGGAAGAAGCUCAGCCCAGCCUUGCCCAAGAUGUAUCGCGGGAGAAUCUAUCCAUUUUCCAUUGUUCUCUGCCUUCUACUCAGAGCCAGGCUGUUUGGUCCAUAUCAGUGGGAUAGCUGGGCUCUCUGACUUGUCUGGGCAUUUUAACCACACUGAGAACCGUUAGAAGAUGCAAACUGGAAAAGGGAAGAUUCCAAUUUUGGCUCUGAAUCCUCUGUGUGACAGCAAAUGUAAAUCCCUUGCAGAUGGGUUUGGGCGCCCACCUGUUCAAACAGCAGCCUGGCGCUCUCUGCUGGGGGAUUGUUUGCCCUCUCGUUCAGGUAAUCCCUGCGUCCUCUGCACAAGAGCCUACAGAGCCUGCGUGACUUCUAGAAGGCCCCUAAGUCGUUAUGACUCACUAUAGCUGCCUUUCAAACGUGUCUUGCUGGAGAGGGAAAUCAGUUGCAUUAUUUAAAAGUUAAAAAAAGUUCUGUAUCAACCCCCCUGUGAGGUUUGGGAGCCCUGUGGCUCAGGGAAUCAUAUCCAGAUGUUGCCUUUGCUUUUAUACUUUGGGAUUGUUUUGUAGAUGUAUCCAGGGCUACUCACAUACUCUUUUUAAUUAAAAGACUUAUUUUUUAUAUUUAAAAUGCUCUAUAAUCUUGAAGUGGAUUUUAUUAAAUGCUAGUAUCCAAUCUGUUCUAUGUAAUUCUACAAUUGAAGUUAACAGGGACAGGACCCACUCCAUAUUAAAAUGGAAAUUGCUUAUUUUCUCUUGGGUUUUCGAUGUAUCAUCGAACUGUGGAGACUAGUGUUAUUUUCUCCGGGUUUAAAAGCUUCCCAAGAUGGCCUGUUCGCAUGAUAGACAAGUUCCUAAAGAAAUCACUGGAUUAGAGAAUUGAUCUCAAGUUCUUAUAAACCUUCUAAAGCGGGAGGAGAGCCCGAGUCCCUGGUACACUCCAUGUUUCUAUCACUUUAUUCCACAGGCCAUGCUCCCUGCCAGGGACGUCCUCAGCACUGACAUUUGGAAGAGCCCAGUCCAUAAAUGACGUGCUGUGCAGUCCUGGGGGGAGUUCAGUGGUGCCAAGAGGACCAGGGGAAGAUACAGCAGUGGGGGACACCAGGGCAGUGCCACUUGCAGUUGGAUUAUCCAGAAUCACAGGACACAGUGCCAUUAACCCUGAGUAGGGUGCCAGGGCCGAGAGCAGCUUGGAGAACACCAGCCCAUGCCCACACAACCAUAGCUCCUUGCCAGAGCAGGAAAAGGUGUUGGGAUCUGUGCUUUAAGCAAAAUGCUUUCAAAGAGUUGUAGUUUGUUGUCUUUUCAAAAUGAGAUACAUACCUUGGUGUUUAUGGGGCAGGGGGAAACACAUUAUUUUUGUGUGUAAACUCUUCCUUUUCCCGCAAUCUUACAGAGAUGCCCCUGUAUCCAUGGCUGUGUAUUUUGGCAAAUGCAGCCUCACAGAAAUCACCUUGGCUGUUGAUAUGAAUGGAUGAAACAGCCCCUGGGCAUCAUCCUGCCCCAUGGAAGAUACCCCCAUGCCAGAAUCUGCAGACCAGGGUCACACAUAGGGCUUGUGUGAUUUCUCCAAUCUGUGUGGUGCGGGUGGAAGCCGCAGGAUUUGUCCUGGGCGUUGAAGAUGAGAGCACAGUCAAAGGGCUGGCUGCUCCCUGCUGCACAGCCCUCCAGAUGCAAAGCAGCCUUCCCUCUGACAGGGCCCAAGGUCCUGCAAGGUGCAGCAGCAUGGAAUGACCAGAGCGGGCAAGGAGGCCAGCCAGAAGUGGGGGCCUGCCAGUUUACUAGAGCGCCUGCAUGUCUCAGGUGAUAGAGAGCCCUGCACAGAGGAGCUGUGACAGCCAGUGAAGGCUGUGACGUCUGUAUUUUGUCUGCAUUUUCAGUGCAGGUCAGGUCACAGAUAGAAUGCUCUGAAACCCCAGUCUUGCCACCCCUCUUCCCUUCACUGGAGCCCCCUCGGAACCCUCCGACUCUGGCCUGUCUCGCAGCAGGAUCCCCGUUGGCCAUGCUGUCCUCAAGCUGGCAGCUUGACAGUCUGGCAGCACGACCCCCAGCCCACCUCUACCUGCUUGGUUGUCACAGAGGCCCCUGGCCUCUGACCCACCUUACCAGUUCCAGAGUCACCCUAGCCACAGGCUCAGCAUCUGCUCCCUAAUCGGCUUCUCUCUUUAAGGCCCCACAGCCAAAAAGGUGUGAGGCCUGGGUGGAUGCCUGUUCAAGUGCCUUCUCACCCUCAUACAAAUAACCCCUGCCCUUGUGGACAAACAGAGAAAAUACAGAAAGGAAAGCAGCAUACUGUUCCCUGACGGCCACCACGGGCCUCCUGGCACAGGCCCUCCCAAUAUGGACUUCUGUUUUGGUUCUUAAGUGCUGCUAUGUCCCGAACCCUUCCCACACCACCAUAUGCAAAAGUCAUCUUAAAAGGUGGCAGAAGGUUUCACCUUUGAGUAGGAAAGUCCCACCUUUGAGUAGGCUGUCACCUGGCCGUCUCUCCCUGGCAGCGCAUGGCUGCCCAGUUGCCAUAGGCUGGGUGCUGGGUGACGAGGCUGCACCCUGCGGGCAGGGCAGGUCCUCACCCUGGACCCUUCUCCUGGCCACACUGACUUGGCAACACCCCAGGUACCAAAGCAGGUUGGCUCACAGGCAGAACUUGCAUGGGUUUUGCUAAAUUAGGCUUUGACGCUGCCCAUGACAAGCAUGAAAUCUGAUUAUCCCUUUAAAGCACUUCCUCUCUGUUUUCUUGUUAAAAGACAAGAAAAGAAAAAGACCUUUUCUCACACCCUGAGGAAACAGAUAGGCAUUUUUGUUUGUAUUCCAUUAGAUCAAUUUUCAAUUUGUUCUUUCUAAUCUGUCACUAUUGUUUUGUUUGUGGARGGGCUGAAAAUACCAAAGUAUACUUUUAAUAAUUCCACAAAAUAUGUUUAUAGCUGCUUCUAAACCAACAAAUUAUAAAACAAAAAUCAUUUCAGAAAAUUUGAAUGCCUGCCAAGUUAAUAAAGACAGACCUAUUAACAUCAUUUGAAAUAUCUCGCCUCCUUUUAAAAGUUUAUUUCCAUAUUUGUUUAUAAACAUUAAACAUUGUACCCGAAAUCCAUACUUAUUAAAGAAAAAGUUUAAGUUAUAGAUAAGUGAAAAGGAAAAAUAAGUCUCCUGUAACCUCAUUAAGAAAAAUAACUAACAUUGCUGUUUUAGUCAGCUUUCAUGUCACAGUGACCAAAAGUCAGAGAAGAGCAAUGUAGGGGAGGAGAGGGCUCAUGUCUUGAGGUGCAGACCAGAUCCACUAACCCCGUCCGUGGUUCUGGGCCCAAAGUGGGGCAGAAUAUCACAGCGGAAGGCCUGACAGCUGGGAGGUGGAGAUAGCUCUCAGGGACAGAGUGUGAACUCCAAAGGCACGCCCCAGUGACCUCCUUCUCCCCCACCCCGCCUGCCGCAGUCACCCCCAGUUAAUCCACAUCAGUGGCUCUGUCUGCUGACUGGGUCACAGCUCAUCAUCAUUUCAUCUCUGAAAAUUCCUGAACUGUCUCACAUGAGCUUUUGUGGGACACCUCCCAUCUGAACCAUAACAGUUAACAUCUUAAGGUGCAUCCUCACACAUUUUUCAUCUAACAUAUAUUCCCACAAAUAGACUU